AUGGUUCCUGGUAAAAAACCAACUCUACAACUGAGGAAAAGGGAAGGAGGCAAAGUGGUUGAUCCUGUUUCUUCCCUUUAUGAAUGGUUGCAACAAAAGACAGUUCGGAUACAGGGUUUCCCACUUAUUUUACAGCUACUAGCGUACCAGUCAAUACCGCAUCUUCUCUCAAGAGUCCCUAAAUGCAAAGAUAUGACAAGUCUGUUGAAAACAGUAGCAACAGAACUUCCACAUCAAACCGUGCUAAAUUUGAACCAUGUGUGGGUCGCUGAAAAUGAUAAAAGUCUUAUUGUUGAACCGAUGAUGCAACUGGACACCAAUCGUGGCGAUCUUUGGGAGGAUGAGGUCAGGACUAAGAAAACUGCGUAUUUGGUACAAUUGGUGAGGGAUGGUUAUAAUUUUAAGAAGGAGAUAUGGCCUGGUGGCGAUAAUUCUCUUCCUCUACAUAUCUACAAGCCUAGGAAUCCUGGCAAGCUCCAACGUAAAUUGGAGGAGUUCUUAUCUACUCCACAAACGAGUAAUGAUGACCUGAGAAUCCAGUUCCAACAGUUUGUAACGUCCACUACUCUGACUAUUAAGGAACUGGAAAGACGUCUGGCCAAGCUUGAACGUUGUUCCAGAUCUCGGCAAUCUUUUGGAGUGGAACCAAUAGUAGAUGAGGCUUUUGGAAAUGCUACCUUUCAUGAUGAUUGGGAUAGAUAUGGUCCUACACAUCAGAUUGUUUCUGAAAUUAACUUAGGAAAAGAUGAGGUCUGUUCACAUAAAAAUGGACAACAUUCAGAGAAUUCAAAUGAAGGCAGAGGAAUACCGAGUGAAAUGUUUGAUGAGGCCGAUAAUGUGACACCCAUGGCUGUGGUUGAAACUGAUGUCGUGGAUACGUUACCUGCUUACGAUUACGAAUGCGUUAUGGUUUCAACUCCAGAUGGUAAAAUAUUUGUUGAACAACAUGCUGAAAACUCUACACGAUUUACGGAUACUGUAGUUGAUUUUAUGGUGAAGAGUUCUACAUUGGUUGAUGUUGCACCAGGUGUGGACACAAGGGAAGAGGCACAAGAACCACACCCAAUUGUAUCUGAGAAUUCAACCAAAGAUGAUGCUUUCCAAAUCGAGAAGUUUUACCGAGCGAUGUGUUGA